UUUAUUUCUAUUUUAUAUUUUAUUUGCCAUUUUUUAUAAACUUGUAACUGGCUGUUUUGGUUAGUUUUGGAUAUAGAAUGCAUUUAUGAUCCAGGAUAGGUUUUAAUUAAUUUAUUUUUACUGUAAAGUUAAGAAACAUUUCCCAUGCAGCUUUCCGUCGGCAUUUGGCGUACAGUUUCGUGGAUUUGUUUUACUUUAUUUUUUGUUUUAUUUCUUUAUUUAUUUGAGGAUUAACCAUUUGCUUGUUUAAGUUUAUUUUUGAUACGUAUCCCGCGUAUUUUGUUUCUGUCUAGCUGUCAUACAAUUACUAUAAUAUAAGAGUUUCUAUGUACGUAUAGGUCUAGUAGAAAAUUACUAGUUAACGAUAAAUAGCAAAAAUCAUUUCAACUUUUUAAAUAACUGUCAAGCUAUAGCAAUUUUAAUUGUGACCACCACCCAGCGUACUCAAUAGCCUUUAGACAAGCAUUCUAUAGCUAAAACUAGCCGCAACAACUAAUACAAAAGCAAAGAUCGAUCACCGGCAAAGUUGCUAACCCGCAGCCGGCAGGGGAACAGUUGUGAUCAGAAAACAGCGCGAAAGGGCGCCCUCGCGGGCAAACUUUCCGGCCCUACAAACUUGCCAGAAGUUACUUUGCCCAACUUCGCGCAAAUAUAAAAGUGAAAAUGAACUAGUGAAGUGACAAUGGCGGCGGCGAUGAUCAGUGACCGCGGACUCCGCAAGAAGUUGACUCAAGAAGCGAUACCGGAGAAAACACCAAAAAAACCGUCGAAACGAAAAUCGACGCCUAGCAGUUCGAAAAACGACAAGAAAAACGAGCAGAACAACAACAAACGCCCAAAGAUACAGACUGGGGACCCCAAGCUCGACUUGUUCUCCACAUACCAGCCCUGGGUGAUACAGACUUACGGAGACCUCGCCAAAACAAAGACAGUGACGUUGAAGAAAUACGCGCGCAUCCUUCGAACGUUGCGUGGCGAAGAAUGCAACAGUUCAGACAGUUCCAAGUUCCGGUUUUGGGUGAAGGCGAAGGGAUUCCAUGUGGGCAAGCCGCCGGGCUACGAAGCGAAGCCGGCGGACGGGAUCGUGUGCCGGUACAGCGUGGUGGACGCGGAGGGGUGCGCGCGGGGCGCGGACGGACAGGAGAUCUACACCGGCUCGCAGAACGACCCGCCGCUUUACAUUCCCACUCCACCUUUGAAGAACGCACCAAAUCAGGAGCCCGUGUAUCGAAAGGUGGCGAUUGUUGAAAAUUUUUUCGACAUUAUCUACACAGUUCACGUAGAAUUAGAAGGACGACCUGGGAAACAUGCAGGGCAGAAACGAACCUACAGAACGAUUACUGAAACCUACGCGUUUUUGCCGCGGGAAGCGGUCACGCGUUUCCUCACCGGAUGCGCUGAGUGUGCCAGGCGCCCGCGCAGCGCCUCGCCCCCGCCUCUACCUACGCCUUCCCCCUCGCCAACGAGACAUCCCACCUACCUCCCCUUUUUACCCCACUGCGCACCGGAAUACACACGAAACUGGGAGUCGGAGAUCGACGCCGCACAUUCAAACUAUUAUGAACCGAAAUUCGAAUAUACCGAAUUACAACCAAUUAAGAAAGUUGAGAGUCCAAAACCAGCGGAACCAGAAGAUGAACCGACCUAUAUAGAACUUACUUCGAAGAAGGUCAACGGUUUUGAUGCCAACCCACUUUUUAACAGUACUUCUCCUGUUGAGCCCGCGGUUAGAGAAGAAGAACCUGUCAGAACUGACCCGGAGAUAGACAAGGACGAGAACAGUCUAAUUGACGUGGAAGAAGUGAAGCCAGACAGCCCAGUCCAGAAAGAAGAAGACGAUGUAAAACCAAAAGAGAUGGAGCCUGAAUGUACCCAGGCGACAGAAACGCAAGAAGCUAACGAUAAGACUGAGAAAAGGAAAUAUAAUCCUUUGGAUGUCGCGAAUUUGACGUCGAAGGACCCUCCUAAAUCGGCAAGGUCGCCGCCUAGGAAGAAACUACUGCCUUCGAGUCUUGAAUACCCUAAUACUUUUGGGAGGUUUCCGAGGCCUUGGAGGCCGGACGGAGCAGUGUACUACGCUGGUGAAGAGGUGGACUAUAGCGUGCCGAUAACCACAGCGUAUCUGAAACACAUGAGGAGCACCACGUACCAGGAGCAUAUGGACUUGGAGAAUAAGGUUAGUGAAUAA